CAAGAUGGCGGCUGCCUGCACAAAAAAACUUCUGCAAAACACUCGUUUUUUAGCACAAAAAUCUACUGGAUAUCUAUCAUUUACAUGUCUUCGUGGUAUUCAUCUCACUUCAUCAGCUGAGGAAGGAAAGUACCACUAUUUAGAAAGAAAGAGAAAACUGAGAAUAAAAAGGGAAGAAGAACUCAAGGCACGCUUUGAGAGACUUGAUGAAGAGGACAGACCCACUGGCUGUGUUUUAUGCCCCAAAAGAACAGAUAUAGAAAUAAACUACAAGAAUGUUCGUUUAUUGUCUCAGUUUGUGUCUUCGCAUACUGGACGUAUCUAUGGAAAACAAGUUACAGGUUUGUGUGAAAAACGCCAAAGGCAGAUAACAAAUGCUAUCAAAAGAUCAAGAGCCAUGGGUCUUAUGCCAACAACUAUGAAAUAUCUAGAGUUUCAUAAUGAUCCUAAAUUGUUUUAGUAGAAAUAUAAAAUAAAGCAAUUCAUUUCAAA